AUGAGUUUGUCUUGGGACCACACAAGGAUCUGGUGCGCCAGCUUGUAUAAGGGGCGCGAAUGCAGACCUCCCUGGUGGUUGAUGCAGAAGGAAAUGCUGAAGAAACGUCUAGAAGAGUUCUCUGUGAGUCAUCCAGAUGUAAAGCACAUCAGGAUCCUGUUAGCUGGACCAAUCAGAUCAGGGAAGUCCAGUUUUAUUAAUUAUGUCAACAACGUCUUCCGAGGACGGAUCACAAGUGGAGCAAUAGUUGAUUCAAAUAUCUUCAGUUUCCCAAAAGGACUUACAACAUACAGAGUCAGAGGUGCAGAUUGUGAUUUGCCUUUUGUCUUGACUGAUACAACGGGUUUACAAUCUCAUAUAUUGGCGGGGUCUCAACCAGAAGAUAUCACCCAAGCCGUAUUUGGACAUAUGAAGGAAAACUACAAGUUCAACCCAGAGGAGCCACUCAGUCACACAAGUGAAGAUUACAUCAGUGACCCUUCACUGUCUGAUCAGGCUUUCUGCCUGGUUUACACUGUGGACGCAACUUCAAUCCAUAUCACAGAUGACCAAUUUAUUGACAAAUUGAGGAUAAUCCACCAAAGCAUCAGUGAUAUAA